AUGCUGGCGCCAAGUCUGCUAAGAAGUGGAGCAGCAGCAGCUCUUACAGCGACGGCAGCUGCUGCAGCAGCAGCUGCUGCAACAGCAACAGCUGCUGCAGCAGCUCGUGCAGCGCACACUACCCCCAUUUGCUGCGUGCCGCUGCGCCUUCCCGUCUGCAGAGGAUCGGCGUGGAGAGCAGCAGAAGCAGCAGCAACAACAACAACCAUAGGAGCUGCAACAGCCGCCCCAGCAGCAGCAGCAGCAGCAGCUCGUAGGUCCUUUCAUUCUGCUGCGUUUAAGCACCCGCUGCUCGGUGUGGGGGCCGCACGCCUUCAGCCGGGCCUCUCCUCUUGCGCUGCGGCAGCAGCAGCAACAACAGCAGCAAAGUCGGCAGCAGCAGCAGCAGCAGCACGAUGCGCCCAUGUGCAGGCUUCGCUGCAGCAAAUAGCGGAGUUUUCUGCUGCAGCAGCGCAGCCCAGACACGAUCCCAGCGGAAGCAGCAGCAGCAGAAGCAACAGCAGCAGAAGCAGCAGCGGAAGCAGCAUUGCUAGUACUAGUAAUAGCAAUAGCAGCAGCAGCAGCAGCAGCAGCAGCAGCAGCGAAAUCCCAGUAUCUGAAAUUGAGCUGCAGCAGCAAAGGCAGGUGGUCCACUGGAACGUAUCCAAGACCUGCCCCGCAUGCAAUAAGACUGUGUCUCGGGGGCAAGUGGAGUAUCUGCCUGCUGCUUGUGCUGCUGCUUGGCGCUUCUUAAUGGGGUAUUCUGUCUCCAGCAGGAAGUGCGGGCUUAUUGGACACAUGCACGUGCUGCGGUAUGCAGACCUGCGGCUGGAGCAGCAGCUGCAGCUUGAAGAAAGUGAACGACUCCAGCAGCAGCAAAAUGCUGCUAAGACAGCAGCAGAAGCAGCAGCAAAAAAGCAGCAGCAACCUGCGAAGCAACCCUGA